AUGGGCCCGCGCCGCCGGAGACGCAAGGCCGAAACCCCAAGGAGGCGCCCGGGGAGCCCGCCGCCCCCGGCGCCCCCGACGCCCCCGCCGCCCCGCACCCCCCGGCGGGGCGCCCCCUCAGGUAACCAGCCGCGGUCCCCUUCCCUCGGAGCCGGUCCCCCUGCAACCUGCACUCCUUCCCGUCCAUCUAGUCGCCGGAGACAUCGGGUUCUGAGGGAGAUCCGAAUCCUUCAGAAGAGCACAAACCUGUUAUUAAGGAAGAUGCCCUUCUGCCGCCUGGUAAGAGAAAUAUGUGUUAAAUUCACUCGUGGGGUGGACUUCAAUUGGCAAGCCCAGGCCCUGUUGGCCCUACAAGAGGCAGCAGAAGCAUUUCUGAUACAUCUCUUUGAGGACGCUUACCUCCUCUCCCUGCACGCCGGCCGGGUUACUCUCUUCCCAAAGGAUGUGCAACUGGCCAGGAGGAUCCGAGGCAUCCAGGAAGGGCUCGGCUGAGCUGCCGCCCGCCCUGAAUGAUACCAGGGACUCUGUCUGGAGCUGGGACCAGAUCCAUGGAGUCCGAGAUACUGCCUGGACUUUCUACCUCUGAGUCGAAUAUGCAUGUCGCUUUUGUAAUGGUUUUUUAAGACGAAGCAGACUGCAUGGCUUUUCUCCACAACAGAAGUAAUACAUAAGAAAAUCAACAUGGUUCCAGAGGCCUGAGAAUCAUUUUCAGAUAAAGAGACUCUAAGGGAAAAAGUAAGAGAGGAGCCCUUCAGUCAGUUGCAUGGGAGAGCCUGGCACGUGCAGCACACAAAUCUCUGCCUUCGGAUUGACUUCACUGGUGGCAGCAGCAAAUGCCGGUGUGGACGGUGCCUGUCAACAAUUGCAGCUUCUCAAAAAUUCGGUUGGGGUGUAAGUUGAAAAUCUUUUAAGGUUUAAUAUUCUGGUUCUUAGUAAAUUUCUGUCAAAAUCAUUCAGAAAUUCUAACUUGUAGAAUUUCAUUAUUUGUAAAUCACAGGUAACAUAGUUUAUACUUCAGAAUUUUUUAUCCCAGGAUUUUAAAGUGUCUUUUCAAUGUAUUGACAGGUAUUUUUAUAACUUUUCUGUGGAGAGAUAAUAAAAAUAAAUAUAAUUCUUUAAUGAAAAAAGUUUAAAGAAAAGUUACUAUUGACAGUAUACAUGUAUAUUUUGUGUGUUAUCAUUAAGUUCUUCGUUUGUACACUGCUUGCAAACAGCUAAAAUUUAAAUGAGAAUCCAGGGCUGUGUUUUUGCCCCCAGUGGAGUAGUAUACAGGCAGAUGAAAACCUGGCCCUUCUCCUGUAACUGAAGCACUUUAAGAGAUUUCCAGACAAAUAGGAAAUGCCACCCAAAGAGUUUUAGAUUUUGUGUCUGAUAAACAUGAGGGCAGAUUAGUUAGCUGGAUUCAGAGACAAACCGAAGGGAAGGACCAAGUUCUAUUGUUUAAUACAUUUUAACCCUUUGUUAAAACCGUGUUGACUUCAACUCAUAUUUAU